AUGUGCUCCUGGCAUGGACGCUUGCGCCGCACCUUGGGCCUUGGGCUGACUUCCAUUGGCUCCCCCUCCGGCCCGGGCUGCCCACCACCAGCUUCCAUGCACGAGGUGUUGCUGGGUCUGCACGCAUCAAAUGGCCGUGAGCAGCUGCGGGGCCUGGGUUGCCGCCGCCGUUCGCACCCCAUCCGUCCAGGCUGGGCUGGGCUAGCCCGUCCGGUCUGGUGUGCGCCCAUUGAUGAGCUCAAUGCUUGCGGCAAGCGGGCACCCACCCAAGCUCCUAAAAUGGUGGCGGUACCUCGACUCCAUAAUGAGGUGUGGGCAGCGACUCCCACCCUGCCAACGCGACCACUGUCCUUGCCGAACCUCGUCACGCCUGCGAUCAUAUCGGUCCCGGACUACGCCGCCGCACAUCACCACGCAGGAGAGAGUGAGCGCGCGAGAGAGAGAGCGAGAGAGACAGUGUGUGUCUGUCUGCGCAACACGGGACCUCCUUGUGGCGACAGCACGCGAGAGCACGAGCCGCCAGGGAAACAAAGGACGCCCACCACACUUGACGCCGCCCACUCCGCCGUAGCAGCAAGUAGAUUGCGACAAGGGAGGAGAAAGAAAGAGGGUCGUCUCCGCGCCACACUACAUACACUCUGCACACGCAUUCGGCGGAAAACAGCAAAGAACCGAGAAGGCGCGAAGACCCACUGUCGCCUCGCGCUGCUUCCGCAACCACCACCGCCGCCGACAUCUCUGCACGCCCUCGUUUCCCGUCGCCGAUUCGUCUUGGCCGAACGAGCUCUUGCGCAACGCCAAAUCUAA